AUGUCCAAGACAAGAACAGUUAAAUGUGGAAUACCCCAAGGUUCUAAUCUUGGGCCACUUCUUUUCUUACUAUAUAUAAACGACCUCCCAAACUGCCUGACCUCAUCUUCAGCAAGUAUGUUUGCCGAUGACACAAAUGUUUCAACCAAUGGCAAAACAAAUGACGAACUACAAGAACGCAUUAACGUGGACUUAGAAAAUAUACACCAAUGGUUACUUGCAAACAAACUUACACUUAACAAAGAUAAAACUGAAUACAUGAUUAUUGGUUCAAGACAACGAAUUUCAAACUUAGUACUAACGGACCCUAAAAUUGAACUUGGUGAAUCAGUCAUUAAACGGGUUCACAAAUCAAAAACUUUAGGCGUAAUUAUUGAUGAACAUCUUUUAUGGAAUCAUCAAAUCCAAAAUAUUGUCACAAAAGCUUCAAAAGGAAUAGGAAUGAUGCGACGAAUAAAACAGUUUGUUCCCAAAUCAACCUUAGUAAAAAUAUAUAA